GUCGUAUUAACUUCUCCGUCGAGAUUACUUCUCUGUCGCCGUCGCCGCCGAGAUCAAUAGAUCGAUUACCCAGAGAGUAGAGAGAGAUGGCUAUGUCUCAGGUGGUGAACACAUACCCUCUUUCGAAUUACAGCUUCGGAACUAAAGAACCGAAGCUGGAGAAGGACACCUCCGUCGCCGACCGACUCGCUCGUAUGAAAGUCAACUAUAUGAAAGAGGGCAUGAGGACUAGCGUUGAAGGGAUUCUUCUGGUGCAAGAACACAACCAUCCUCAUAUACUUCUCCUGCAAAUCGGUAACACAUUCUGCAAACUUCCAGGUGGACGCCUGAAGCCUGGAGAAAAUGAAGUCGAAGGUCUGAAGAGAAAGUUGACCAGUAAGCUUGGAGGCAAUUCGGCUGGUAUUGUACCCGACUGGAAGGUAGGAGAAUGUGUUGCGACAUGGUGGCGUCCAAACUUUGAAACCAUGAUGUACCCGUAUUGCCCUCCUCACAUCACGAAACCAAAGGAAUGCAAGAGACUCUACAUUGUUCACUUGUCUGAGAAAGAGUACUUUGCAGUGCCCAAAAACUUGAAACUCUUGGCCGUCCCUUUGUUUGAACUCUAUGACAAUGUUCAGAGAUAUGGACCGGUUAUAUCGACCAUUCCUCAACAGCUAUCCAGAUUCCAUUUCAACAUGAUUAGUUCGUGAUUCUACUCGGUGUUCAAGAAGAAGAAACCUGUCAGAUUAGGCACCCACGAUAGAGAGAUGUAGCUACCAGUUUUAGUGAUCCGAGUUCUGGAUGAUGCAUGUUGGUUUCUUUACAUUAUAGACUUGUUGGCAUUAUGAAGAACAGGUUCGUUCAUGUAGCAGCACAAGAAGAUUAUUCAUCUAAUUUCUUAAAGCAUUCGUCAUUAUUUGACUAA